UCAUCAACCGUCAACUUAUUCGCGUCAACUUACGUCAACGACCUUGUGCAUAGCAGUAGGACCCUUUGGUAAUAGAGUAAUACUCAGACUUCGAGUCAAUCUCUAAGCAUAGAGAUUCUAAGUAACUGAAAGCUAUAAUCAAUAAAAUGGCUUCUGCAACAACAAUUGGUCAUACAACUUAUGGUAAAACCAAGAGUGGGGAUGAAGUACUGCUGUACACAUUUACCAACAGAAAUGGCAUGGUGAUGAAAGUUAUAAACUUCGGAGCAGCUAUCACAAGUAUAAAUGUUCCAAAUGCCAAAGGCAGACUCACUGAUGUGGUUCUUGGAUUUGACAGUAUUGAAGGUUAUGAAUCAAACCCUCCUUACUUUGGUGUGACAGUCGGAAGAGUAGCAAAUCGGACAGAGGGAGGUAAAUUCAUUAUUGCUGGGGAAACGUACCAGUUAUCUAUCAAUGAUUCACCAAGGGCCAACCACCUGCAUGGCGGAUUCAAAGGUUUCUCAAAGGUUGUUUGGAAAAGUGAGAUUAAAGAUGAUAAAGUUGUUCUAACCUAUGUAAGUCCAGAUGGUGAAGAAGGUUACCCAGGGCAACUGACCACACACUGUACUUACCAGCUGACUGAUGACAAUGCAGUGGUGAUUAACUUCAAUGCAACCACGACCAAGUCAACACCGGUCAACAUGUGUAAUCAUUCAUACUUUAAUUUAUCAGGAAAGGAAAAGUCAUCUAUUUCUGAUCAUUCACUGAUGAUUAAUGCUGAUGCAUAUACUCCUGUGAAAGAAAAUCUCAUACCAACAGGUGUACUAUGUCCUGUUCAGGAUACUUUGUUUGAUUUUAGGCAUCCUGUUGUCAUUGGUGAUAGACUGGAUGAUGUUGGUGGAUUUGAUCAUAAUUUCUGCUUGAAUUCAAAACAAUUAUCAGAUUGUGCUGCCAGAAUAUCUCAUCCAAGUGGGCUUACUAUGGAAGUUUAUACAACAAAACCAGGCUUGCAGUUUUAUUCUGCUAAUUUUCUUGAUGGAAUGGUAGAGGGUAAAAAUAAAUUAUAUUAUGAGAAACAUGGAGGAUUAUGUCUUGAGACUCAAAAUUAUCCUAAUGCAGUAAAUGUGCCAACUUUCCCUGAAGUUGUUCUCCAUCCUGGCCAAGUCUACGCUCACACUACAAUCUUCAAAUUCUUAAGCAAUUAAAAAUGCUAUCAUCCAGUUACUAUAGUACAGUAUCAACACAUCACAAACAUGAUGUACCACCAUAUUGUAUCCCCAAAUGUUUCAAAACUGUUUUUUAAAAAUAGUGAAAAAAAGGGAAAUUAUAUUAAUACAGUAUUUAAGUCUGAGAGUACCAUUUUCUGUCCUGAGGUGUUAUAAAUCCCGAUCUAUGUUGAAUUUCUGGAUCCACCACUGAUCACCUGCAACAUUUUUAUCUUAAAUAUUGCUACGGUAUCAACAUAAUAAAUUGUAUAAACAUGGUUUUAUUGCAUUACCACAGUAUUAAGCCUUUCAUUGUUAAAGUACAGUUACUGUACUACUAUUGAGUAACCGUAACAGUAUUGCAGUGCAAAUUCUGCCUAUUCCAAAUAAAAAUAAUUAAGUGGUUCUAAAUCAUUUCAAAGGGAUUUUUGGUAUUUUUAGAUGCACAAACAAUUCUGUAAGUUAAUUUUAAAUUAAUAUUAAAAUGUAUUGUAAUUAUUAUUAUCAUGUUACAUUAUGGAUGAAAUUAAUGUACUAAAUAUUUCUGAGGGAAUCUAAUCUGUGUCUUCCAAAUACAUAAGAUAAUAGUAAUUGCUUUAUUCCAAUUAACUGAAUUACAGUAAAUACAUACCAUAUUUAUUCGAAUAAACACCCUGAUUUGAAUACACGAUUGGAAUAAAU